AUGGCUCCCUCACUGAGGCGGCCAAACGGGUGUUCGGUUUGUAAGGACGCACACGUCAAGUGUGACCUCGAAAAGCCAUCAUGCAGGCGCUGCGUACGCCUUCGUCUUCGGUGCCCUGGGUACGCCGAUCAUUGGGAGAGUCUUCAUCGUCAGCAAAACAGAUACGCAGCCACCCUAGUACAAGACAGAGUUCACAAACAACUGGAAUGGCGACGGCAAACCCUCUCUACCGUCACUAAGCGUGCCCAGACUGGCCCUCAAAAGUGUCUUAACCAGGAUUACAGCCAGUAUAGUGUUCAAAGGCUCUACAUGGACUAUUCCUUUACAGCUUUCAUAAACUUGUUUGCAGCCUUACCGGUUUUAUCUUGUCACCAGCCAUCAGCGUGCUACACUCAUUCCCUCAAGGCUCUAGGUUUGGCUAGUGCGUCUGGCCAUUUACAGCAAUCCGGUCUCAUGGCAAGAGCAAGGAGUUCUUAUUCGAUGGCCACAGGGGCACUUAGAGAGGCCAUUUCCAACCAUAAUUCUCUGCGUGAUGACUCGGUUUUGGCAGCAAUAUUCCUUCUCGGCUUUUACGAGAUCAUAGUUCAACAGAUUUCUUCUUCUCGAAUGAAGGGACACAAGCUGAACUGCCGACCGCAUGCCGAGGGGGCGCAUGCUUUGGUACUACAUAGGGUCCAAAAUGGUUUAGACACGCUGCUAGAUGUCAACCUUUUUCUCUUUCGGCGCAAUAUUAGACUCAUGGAAGUAUUCAUGCAAAACCGAGAAAUGUCCUCAUUAGAGGAAGAUUUCGAACGCCCGUGGUCCGGCUGGCCUAACUUCCCUGCUUUAGAACCCGUCACUAAAAAAUCCAUCGACGUCUUCACCGAGCUUUUAAAGGCUUCAAACGAAGGCGUGCCGUCGAUUGUAAAGGCUUUUGAGAUAAUCAACUCUGCCUUGACGGUUGCUGAAGAGCUCGAAUGCAAAGCUGCCGGGGUGACCGCCUACUCGACUGGAGCACAUUUUAAUGGCCUCAUUCCAGUUUCGUCGCCCGCUUCGGUUGCAAUUGCCAAGGUACACUACCUCACAAUCCGGUUUCACAUUCUCGACAUGCUGCAUGUAGCCUUUGGAAGUCAUGUGUGCCUAGAAUGGUUCCAAAGCCAACCGAUUGAGUCGGAGCGAGGUUGCGAGCUGUGGCAACAGAUAGAAAAGUCUUUGGAGGAGGAUGGAGGCAACCGCAAGAAAACUGCAAAUUCUGCGAGUUCCAACGGAAUGCCGUUUCGAGCGGUGUUCUGCCUGUCAUGGCCGCUGUUAGCUAUCGCGCAGUCUAGUUUUUCCAGUGAGGACUUGAGAUUAGCGGCGCAGGAAAGGCUCCGAUACGGAGCAAAGGUUUCUGGCUUUCUCGGCCCGUCGGACACCAAGGAGUAG